AUGUCGACUCCAGCAAGGAAGAGGUUGAUGAGGGAUUUCAAGAGGUUACAGCAAGACCCACCUGCUGGAAUAAGCGGUGCUCCACAAGACAAUAAUAUCAUGCUCUGGAAUGCUGUCAUAUUCGGGCCUGAUGACACUCCAUGGGAUGGAGGGACUUUUAAACUCUCAUUACACUUCUCUGAAGAUUAUCCUAACAAACCGCCUACAGUUCGGUUUGUGUCACGGAUGUUCCAUCCAAAUAUUUAUGCAGAUGGGAGUAUUUGCUUGGACAUUCUGCAAAACCAGUGGAGCCCUAUUUAUGACGCUGCUGCUAUUCUUACUUCCAUCCAGUCGUUGCUUUGUGACCCUAAUCCAAAUUCUCCUGCAAACUCCGAAGCUGCUCGGAUGUACAGCGAAAGCAAGCGUGAAUACAACAGAAGAGUGCGUGAUGUUGUGGAGCAAAGCUGGACUGCUGACUAGUACUUGUUAGUUUUAAGCUCUGUAACUCUCUCCUAUUCUCAAAAUGUUAACGUUUAAGCAACAAAGCUUUCUUAUCUUUUCAUUUAUGUCCUUUGUGUUUCCUCAACUCUUUUAGUGAUUUGAUGCUUUGAUGGUUCUCUGAAACCUAACAUCUUAGUACUAAACCUUCUGAAACUACUGAAAGUUGAGCCACUUUUUCAAUCUAAGUAAAAU